GAGAGAGAGAGAGAGAGAGAGAGAGAGAGAGAUAUGCAGUGACUACCCGCUCUUAUACAUAGCCGAAGUACUUAAAAGAACACAAAGCAAGGUAGAAGUCUCUGUUCAUUAAAUCCUACUUCCAACAAAAUGUUUUUAAAAUACAGACCCGGCUAAAUAAGACGAGGACGCUUGAAGAAAGUGGAGAAAGGAAGACGUGCAAAUAACGCUGAUCUUGGCAUCUCCACAGGAAGACCACAGAAAGUGUCAAAACAAGAAAAGGAUCUGGCUGUGGAAAAAAGAAACGUAUUUCUUUCCAAGAAACACCUGCGCACAUCCAACAGAAUCAUCCUGACUUUCCAGAUUUGCUCUCCACUGAAUUCUACAACAGCAAGCCAGCUCAGAUGUCCAGCUCCUCCAGUAACAGUGCAAAAUGUCUGAACCUGACAGAAUAUAUGAUUCUCACAGAUUCACAAAGAAUAGCUGUAGCAACCUUUUGCCUUAUUGUUGGGCCUCUGAAUGUUAUAGAAAAUCUGACUGUUCUAUUUCUAAUCUUAAUUUCCCCAAAUCUAAGGAGAAAACCAUCUUACCUUUUCAUCAGCAGUCUGGCCACAGCUGAUAUUUUCGCCAGCAUUUUCUUUACCUUCUCUUUUGUGGAUUUUCACAUGUUCAAGAAGAAGGACCCAGUAGGAUUGUUUCUGUUUAAACUGGGAGGAGUUACAAUGGCUUUCACCACCUCUGUGGGCAGCCUGCUUCUUACGGCAUAUGAUCGUUACAUUUGUAUUCAGAAACCUACUGAAUAUAAACACAUAAUUACCAGAAAAAGAGCUUUAGUGUGCUUGCUUGUCCUGUGGAUAGUCAACUUACUGAUAUCUUUCCUUCCUCUUACAGGAUGGAAUUGUGAAUAUCUCCAGACAGCAGGUUCUGAACUAUUUCCAUAUGUUGAUAAAAAAUAUCUGGCAUGCUGGGUAACAUUUGCAGUGGUUCAACUGGUUUUGAUAAUCUAUGCAUAUAGUCAUAUUCUUUGCAAGGCCCACAAGCACACUAUGUAUAUGAACAGGCAUCUGUCUCAAGGUCGGACUGGACAAGCUCGACUGAGAAUGGAUAUAAAGCUGGCUAAGACGUUUGGUUUAAUUUUGACAAUCUUGGCCUUCUGCUGGUCUCCUGUGUUGACCAUUAUGAUCAUUGAUGUGAUUGGCCACGUCAACACAGGCCAAAAAAGCGUGUUUGCAUUUUUCAGCAUGCUUUGCCUAGUAAACUGCUCGGUGAACCCUCUGAUCUAUGCUUUGCGGAGCAGUGAAAUGCGUAAGGUAUUUCAAAAGGUAGUUAUAAAGUGUCGGGGACAAAUUAAGACCCCUGACUCCAGCCUUGUCUCAGACAGCCAACAGAGGAGCGUCAAACAGGAAACGGUGUGUGAAAUAGUGGAUAAGCAAGUCAUCCCUUUGAAAAUUGAAUGAACAAAUGUUUUACCUUUUGGCUUGGAGUAAGAGGCCAAUCAUCUAAUAACAGUUGUGGGUAUAUAUACUAAACAUUCAUAGAAGAUACUUCAAUAUAUUGGAGAUCUGCCUGUGCACACUUUUCCAAAAAGACUUGUCUUUAAGGUAGAAGUGCUGAAACCUGAUCUUUACUUAUAUUUUUCAUCAUUGCACAUGAACAAGUAUCAUUCAGUGGCAUUCUCUGUAACAUAUGCUGAAGUUGUAUUAUGAAAGUAACAAAAAUGUAAGAUCCAAAACCAGAAAAAAAGAUCAACAAAUGUGUAUUAAAAAAGAAUAAUAUAACAUUCCUGAGGACUCGGCAUUCAGUUUGUGAAUUUGUUUUGUCAUUAUUUCAAUGUACUCAGUACAUCUAAUGACUUUGUGCCAAGUGGGGCUGGGAUUCACUCUAGACAUUGAACUGGAUUUAAACGGGUUUAGCAUAGAUGGAUAUUAGGAGAGGGAAACCUUCCAAGGUGUCUGAGUUAUGCCAUUCACAGAUUUAAAAGAUGUGAAAAGUGGUAAAGAAAUGCUUUAUUUAAAUGCUAAAACUGGAGAAGACUAAGUAGUCAUAUAAAUACAUUGUACAUAAAUGUAACUGUGCCAAGCAAAAAGCUAAACAGAUAAACAAAAUUCUCAAGAUUACCAGUACACAAAGCAGCUAACAACUCAAUACAAAAUGAAGAAGUAAGCUCAGCAGUGGUCUGACAUAUCUCAAACCAAAAACACUUUUUUUCAACUUAUGGAGCUAGAUAUUCAUUUACAGUAUACUUAAUCGUAAUUCUACAAAGUGUUUUUUUACAUUUUGUUUGGGGAUUUUUUACUUUCUUUGGCUAUACAGUGAACACUGUAUGAGGGUAACAUUUGGUAUUUGUCUUUUCCUUAUUAUGUAAUGGUAAUAUUGUAUUGUAUUGACAAUUUCUUAACUUAUACCAAAAUGUGCCAGUUUAUUUGUAUGCAUAAUCAUAAGGAUUGAGAAUUGCUUAAUGACUUUGCAUAUUAUCAUUCUGAAAUUAUUCUUUCUUGUCAAUCUUUAUUUUUUUCAAAUGAGAAAUUUCUUAAUAUACUGUAUCAGGCUUAAAUACUGUUAAAAUACACCGUAUACUUGGUUAAAGUAGUGAAAGGCCCACUAAGAAAUUACUGAAACAUUUUUAUUGUUUUAAAUCUGGAGGACUAAUGUCUAUCCUAGAAUCCUGGGCUCAAGUAUCUGUCUGUGAGGAUUUAGCACAUCCUCUCUGAGUCGGUGUGGAUUUUCCUGUAGGUAUUCCAAGGACAAAUAUGUUAGUUUGGUGAUUGGACUUGAGUGAGUUUGGUCGCAAGCAAGCCCUGAAUUGUACUGAUCUAGGUUUUCUUAAUGCUCUGCAACGAUGCGGAAAAGAUAGGAUUUGGUCUGCAACAAGUUUAAACCUGAUUAUGCAGGACUAAGAAUGUUAAGCUAUGUGAAAACCCUUUCGCAUUUAGAAAUACAUUCUGUUAUUCAUCUUCUCAAAAAACCUGCAAAACUUUCUAGUCACCUGCCGUUCCUUAUGAGUUAGUGUAGGUUUAUGCCAAUCUGAAACUGGCGAAGAAUGACACAAAAUAUGUGCUCCUCUCAUAAUUGACAGAACUGUGCAAAUUCAAAUAGUAGGUCAUCACAAAUUACUUGGAAUUCUAAAUUUUUGUAAAUUAAAAUCUCUUGCAUGACAAUACAGAAGAAUAUUGCAUUAUAAGUAUUCAGUAAAAAGGACAUACAAAAGCUAAUCCCUCAUUUUAGAAAAGGCACUGUUUAAUUGGUAUAUUAUGCAGUAAAAUUGUUAGUCUAAUAGUAAUACUUGCUGAUUUUUGUGUUACUUCUGGUUUUUAGCUUAUGAAUGGUGUGAAACUUGUAGUGAUGUUUUAACAAACUUGAGAAAACAAUUAUUUAAUCACUUGACUAGAAUAUCAUAUCUGGCAACAAUGGUUAAGAUGGCCAUCAAAAAAUGAGUCUGAAGUGAAAUGUCCAUUUUACGUUUAAAAAGUAAAAAUUUCAAAAUUACUCACUAAGGGAUGUUUAUCUUUUCUUUAAAUGUUCACAAGUUGGUCAGCAAACUGAUUCAACAAAGUAAUGUUCAUAAACAAUGACUCCAUGUCUUGUCGUAAUUCUAAGUGAUGGUUUGGUCACUUAUUACUUUUACUUUUAAUGUAAGACAACUCCCUCGUAACCCCUGUCCUCCUGCACCACCACCUAUACUAUUCACUUUGUGGGAGUGCAGGACAACUCAGAGGUCAGUCUAGCUGGAAUUACUGUCCGCUUACUGGAUUUGAAGCAGAUAUACUGAUUGUAAAUAUUGGUAUUUACAAAGACUUUAUUUACAGUAUUGGAAGGAUGGAUGGCUGGAUUUAUUUGAUUUUUUUAAGACCUAUAUGCAAAGCAGGCUGAUCAUUUCCCAAAAGGACUAAAGAAACAAUUAUUGUUACUCAUACAAUGUGGAAUUUUAAUGAUUACUUGUAUUCUAUGUAUUCCAGAAUGGAAAAAGAUUCAGCUGAGUAUCAUGAAUAUCAUUUACACGUAUCAUUGAAGAAUACAACACUGUCUUUACCUUCUAACACUUAUUAAUGUUUAUACCUCAGAUAAAGGUUUUUCAAGUUCAGUCCUUGAGGACAAUAGGUCAGUCAUCUCGCUUUUAAUUGAUCUCAUUUUUAUCUGCAUUCAGAAAAGUGCAGUAGUGUGAGAAAUUAUGAUUUUUUUCCAUUGUUUUAAAUGUUUAACUCCACUCACGAUGAGCUUUCUCUGUUAAUUGUAUCUGAAUACUGACAAUCAAUGAUGAGCAGAGCAGAUACAAGUGUGAAUGGCACUGAAUGCUAAAGGGAAGCAGCUAUCAGAGUGAUAUUCAUUUGUGUACUUAUUAGCAAAUAAUAGCUUAAAUAACACGAACAUUUAAAAACGACAAAACAUUAAACAACAAAAUGAAAAGUUUGACAUCAACCCUGUCUAGUAUACAUACAAGUGCUUACUUCAUCCAGUAAUGAUCCAGCAUAACCAGUUCAUAAUUUUUGCAUUAACACAAAAAAAACAAAAACAAAGAA